GUGGAAAUAAAGGGAGAGGCUAACAGGAUGCAAAGUACGGCAAAGUUUACUUUGGUUAUUUUUCAAAAGAUAUUUCAAUUUCAUUAUUAGUUUUUAUUUGUGUGGGGGAGGUUUUGUUGGUUUUGUACUUUUGUUUUAUUUUUUUAUUGUGUGUUUUUUCUUUUUUUGAUUUUCUUAAUAAGAGAAAUGUGGGGAAUUUAUGAGGCUGUGGAGCUUCAGUUUGCUUGUGUGUGCAACUAGAAAGUUUUUGUUGUGUGGUUCUGUGGUGAAGUUGGCCUAGCAGAUACAGGAGAUCCUCCUAUGGUGACACUGGAAGUUGUGAUCGUCUUCAGUGUGGAAGGUUUGAAAGGUUGAUCUUGAUAUUGGGGUCUUGGUGGUUUUUCUGGAGCCAAUGAAAUGAGUAUGAGUUAUAAUGGUGAUGGUGGAGGUGCAAGGGUGUGAGACAAGUUGGAGGAGUUCUCUAGUUUGUGGAUGUGUUGUUGUUGUACUUGGUCUACAUGCAACUCUAACUGGAUAAAGAUGGAGGGUUCUUCUGGGUCAGCUUUUCAGAAUUCUAACAGUUCUAGGGCUUUGAAUAGUUCUGGAGUCUCAGAUAGGAACCAAAGGCUUCAUUGUCCUGAAAGGAACCCCUUCUCGGGCGAGGCGUCGCAGGAUUCGGGGUUUAAGAAGGAAAGGGAUAGGGUUCUGUUGGCUCAAGGUGAUCAAGCUAGACAUCUGGGUGGGUUUUCUGGGUUGUGUGAGGAUGGAGUGGAGGUUGACCCCUUUGUUUGUGCUGUAGAAUGGGGUGAUAUUAGCUUGAGGCAAUGGUUGGAUAAGCCUGAAAGAUCAGUAGAUGCCUUUGAAUGCUUGCACAUUUUUAGGCAAAUAGUGGAAAUUGUUAGUGUGGCGCAUUCUCAAGGAGUUGUAGUUCACAAUGUGAGGCCUUCCUGCUUCGUCAUGUCGUCUUUCAACCAUAUCUCGUUUAUUGAAUCGGCAUCUUGUUCGGAUACUGGCUCGGAUUCUUUAGGAGAAGGGUUGAACAACCAAGGUGGUGGUGAGGUUAAAACUCCGAUGUCUCACUGUCCCCGUGAUAUGCAUCAGCAAAGCUUGGGAAGUGAAGAUUUUAUGCAUGUCAAGACUUCAACAACCACUGCUCGGUCGGAUUCUAGUUGCAUGCUGUCAAGUGCUGUGUAUGCGGCACGUGCAUCGUUGAUAGAAGAAACAGAAGAAAAUAAAAUGAAAGAUAGGAGAAAGGAUGAAGAAGUAGAUGGAAAGAAGCAAUCAUUUCCAAUGAAACAGAUACUGCUAAUGGAAAUGAGUUGGUACACUAGUCCUGAAGAGGUUGCUGGUGAAUCUAGUUCUUGUGCUUCAGACGUUUACCGAUUGGGAGUUCUCCUUUUUGAGCUAUUUUGUCCACUCAGCUCCAGAGAAGAAAAGAGUAGAACCAUGUCUAGCCUUAGACACAGAGUUCUUCCUCCACAGUUACUUCUAAAGUGGCCUAAAGAAGCUUCAUUUUGCUUAUGGUUACUGCAUCCUGACCCUAGUAGUCGUCCAACACUCGGGGAGUUGUUGCAAAGCGAGUUCCUUAAUGAACAGAGAGAUGAUAUGGAAGAACGUGAAGCAGCGAUAGAGCUGAGACAAAGGAUAGAGGAUCAGGAGUUGCUUUUAGAAUUCCUUUUAUUACUUCAACAGAGAAAACAGGAAGUUGCUGAGAAGUUGCAACACACUAUCUCUUUUCUGUGUUCAGAUAUUGAAGAAGUGACCAAGCAGCAAACUAGAUUUAAAGAGAUUACUGGUGCUGAACCAGGGAGUGACGAUCGAUCAGCAUCAAGUUUCCCAUCAGUGACAGUUGUUGACAGUGAGGAUUAUGCUUAUCUAGGGACUAGAAAACGAGUCAGACUAGGGAUGCAUGUUAAAGACAUUGAGGAAUGUGAUGAUGACGUAGGGGAUAAUCAAAGAAGUAACGAAAGUCUUCUUUCAAAAAGUUCACGGCUAAUGAAGAACUUUAAGAAACUUGAGUCAGCAUACUUUUUAACGCGAUGUAGACCAGCCUAUUCCUCUGGGAAACUGAUGGUGAGACAUCCUCCUGUAACAAGUGAUGGUAGAGGCUCUGUUGUGAGUGAAAGAAGUUGCAUCAAUGACUUGAAAUCAAAAGAGCAGUGUAGGGAGGGUGCAAGUGCUUGGAUAAACCCUUUUCUUGAGGGUUUGUGCAAGUAUUUAUCAUUCAGUAAGCUAAGGGUUAAGGCUGAUCUAAAGCAAGGAGAUCUCUUGCAUUCUUCCAACCUAGUAUGCUCACUCAGUUUUGAUCGCGACGGAGAAUUUUUUGCUACCGCCGGAGUGAAUAAGAAAAUUAAAGUGUUUGAAUGCGAUGCGAUCAUAAAUGAGGAUCGUGACAUCCACUAUCCAGUUGUGGAGAUGGGUAGCAGGUCAAAGUUAAGCAGUAUUUGUUGGAAUACAUACAUCAAGAGUCAAAUUGCUUCAAGUAACUUUGAAGGUGUUGUGCAGUUAUGGGAUGUGACAAGAAGUCAAGUACUCUCUGAAAUGAGGGAGCAUGAGCGGCGGGUGUGGUCCAUCGAUUACUCGUCAGCAGACCCUACAAUGUUGGCAAGUGGGAGCGAUGAUGGUUCUGUCAAGCUAUGGAGUAUCAAUCAGGGAGUUAGUGUUGGUACCAUCAAAACCAAGGCAAAUGUGUGCUGUGUUCAGUUCCCUGUGGAUUCUGCUCGUUUCCUUGCAUUUGGUUCGGCGGAUCACCGAAUAUAUUACUAUGAUCUUCGCAACCUAAAAAUGCCACUUUGUACUUUAGUUGGACAUAACAAGACUGUCAGCGACAUCAAGUUUGUAGACACUGUGAACCUUGUCUCUGCAUCCACAGAUAACACUUUAAAGCUUUGGGAUUUGUCUACAUGUGCAUCUCGAGUUAUAGACUCACCGAUUCAAUCAUUCACAGGUCACAUGAAUGUAAAGAACUUUGUGGGAUUAUCAGUAUCUGAUGGUUACAUUGCUACUGGUUCAGAGACUAAUGAGGUGUUCAUAUACCACAAAGCCUUCCCCAUGCCAGCAUUGUCAUUCAAGUUUCAGAACACAGACCCUCUUUCUGGUAAUGAUGUGGAUGAUGCUGCGCAGUUCGUUUCGUCUGUUUGUUGGCGUGGCCAGUCAUCUACCUUGCUUGCUGCAAAUUCCACAGGGAAUGUCAAGAUUCUGGAGAUGGUUUAAGUUGUUGGCCUACAAAUGAUACAUAGUUUGCUGAGCAUGAGGUGACAGAACUGUUGUUUAAGAUUGGCUUCUGUUGCCACUGAAUGCUAUACAGAGGGGUAUAUAGAUUCCUUGAUUAUUAUUACUUGCAAGUUGUAACAUAACAAAUUUUUUGCAUUAGUAGUUCAUAGCGGAAGCAGUUAAAGAGAAGAGUGAGAUUGAUCUCGUGGAAAACAAAAAAAGGUCCUGUAGAUAGUGUCACAUGGAAAAAAGUGAAGGUCAAAAUCUAUAUCAUAUCAGAUUUUAUUACGGUUAUGAUCCAUAUUCAAUUUCAUAGAUAAAUUCACCCAGUGGAAGCUACUCUGUGUAGAAUUUGAUAAUGCCUACAGAUACAAAUCUAUUGCAUUUAAAAAAUAAAAAAUAAAAACUAUUGUUUUUUAUGUGCUAUGUUUUUGCAAGCCUUGCCCUUGAUGAAUUGAAUGUUCAGUGCCAUGUAGAACGUGACAUGUUGAAUGUUUUCAAUUAUGCUCAGUUGUGGCAUAUCAAAUGACCAAUUUAUCUUGACCAUAGAUUGUGGAUGGGUAUUUUUUCAAAAAUAUUAUUGCAUAAAUUGGUAAUUUUAAAUGGAUAUAUUUAUAUUUUCUCC